UCAUUUUCGCUUUCCCUGUAAUGACAGAGGAGCCGAGGAAAGCUGUGCCCAGCAGGUUCUGGCACUGCCUGAGCCUCAGCACCUGCUGCACAGGCCCCAGCCGGGCACCGGCCCCUCCUGGCACCUGUGGGCAGGGCGGCUGCCGUCAGGCCCGGCCUCGGGAUGGAUGUCCCCGACGCCUCCAAGCUGCUGGAUGAGGAGCUGUACUCCCGGCAGCUGUAUGUGCUGGGCUUGCCGGCCAUGCAGAGGCUCCAGGAGGGUAAGGUCCUGCUGUCCGGCCUGCAGGGCCUGGGCGCCGAGGUGGCCAAGAACCUGGUCCUGAUGGGCGUGGGCAGCCUCACUCUGCACGACCCGCAGCCCACCUGCUGGGCGGACCUGGCUGCCCAGUUCUUCCUCUCGGAGCGGGACUUGGCAAGGGGCAGGGCUGAGGCAUCUCAAGAGCGAGUGGCCAAGCUCAACGGAGCUGUGCAGGUCUGCGUCCACACAGGCGACAUCACCGAGGACCUGCUGCGGGACUUCCAGGUGGUGGUGCUGACGGCCUCUGACCUGGAGGAGCAGCUGGCGGUGGGCCGCUGGUGCCGCAAGCUCGGAGUCUGCUUUCUGGUGGCCGACACCCGGGGCCUGGUGGGGCAGUUGUUCUGUGACUUUGGGGAGGACUUCACGGUUCAGGACCAAACAGAGGAGGAGCCCCUGACAGCUGCCAUCCAGCACAUCUCCCAGGGCUCCCCGGGCGUUCUCACUCUGAGAAACGCGGCCGAGGCCCACUACUUCCGCCAGGUGGGCUCGGUGACUUUCUCGGGGAUCGAGGGCAUGAGCGAGCUCAACGGCUGUGCCCCCCGGCCCAUCCGCGUGCAGGAGGACGGGACCUUGGAGAUUGGGGACACAGCGACUUUCUCCUGUUACGUCCGUGGUGGAGCUGUCACUGAGGUCAAGAGACCCACGACUGUGAGCCAUGCGCCCCUGGACGCAGCCCUGCUACAGCCCCGCGUGGUGGCCCAGAGUCCCCAGGAAGCUCGCCACGCCCGCUGCCUGCACCAGGCCUUCCGUGCGCUGCACAGGUUCCGGCAGCUCAGAGCCCGCCCGCCCCGGCCCUGGGAUCCGGCCGAUGCAGAGGAGGUGGUACACCUGGCCCAGGCCCUGGAACCCCUGAGGGCAGCAGAGGCACAGGGAGAGGGAGAGCCGUGGGAGGAGCCGCUGGAUGAAGCGCUGGUGCGGACCGUCGCCCUGAGCAGUGCCGGUGUCUUGAGCCCCAUGGCAGCCAUGCUGGGCGCAGUGGCCGCCCAGGAGGUGCUGAAGGCUCUCUCCAGGAAGUUCCAACCCCUGGACCAGUGGCUGUAUUUUGAUGCCCUCGACUGCCUCCCGGAAGAUGGGGAGCUCCUUCCCAGCCCUGAGGCCUGCGCGCCGAGAGGCUGCCGCUACGACGGGCAGAUCGCGGUGUUUGGGGCUGGUUUUCAGGAGCAGCUGAGCCACCAGCACUACCUCCUGGUGGGUGCUGGUGCUAUUGGCUGUGAGCUGCUCAAAGGCUUCGCCCUCGUGGGCCUGGGGGCUGGGGCCGGCGGGGGCGUGACCGUGGCCGACAUGGACCACGUGGAGCGCUCCAACCUCAGCCGGCAAUUCCUCUUCAGGGCCCAGGACGUUGGGAGGCCCAAGGCAGAGGCAGCUGCGGAGGCCACUCGCCGCCUGAACCCAGACCUGCAGGUGACCCCGCUCACCCACGCUCUGGAUCCCACGACAGAGCGCCUCUACGGGGACAGCUUCUUCCCCCGCGUGGACGGCGUGGCGGCCGCCCUGGACAGUUUCCAGGCCCGACGCUAUGUGGCUGCUCGCUGCGCCCACUACCUGAAGCCGCUGCUGGAGGCGGGCACGCAGGGCACCCGGGGCAGCGCCUCCGUGUUUGUGCCCCACGUGACCGAGGGCUACAGGGCUCCGGCCUCCGCUGCUGCCCCCGGGGACGCCCCCUACCCUGUCUGCACCGUGAGGCACUUCCCCAGCACUGCAGGGCACACUGUGCAGUGGGCCCGGGAGGAGUUCCAGUGGCUCUUCUGCUUGUCUGCCGAGACCAUCAACUCCCACCAGCCGUAAGGGCUUUCAGGUUCGCCUCAAAAGCCCCCCUUCUCCCCAGGGCCCCGCUGGCAGACCGGUGGGUGUCCUGAGACAUCGUCACGGAGCUGGCAGGACUGCGUGGUGUGGGCCCUCGGCCACUGGCAGCUGUGCUUCGGCUACGGCAUCGCGCGGCUGCUCAGGCGCCACCCCCCUGACAAAGUGCUUAAGGAUGGAACGCCUUUCUGGUCAGGUCCCAGGCAGUGUCCUCAGCCGUUGCAGUUCGAUGCCAGUCAAGACACGCACCUCCUCUACGUGCUGGCGGCGGCCAAUCUGUACGCUCAGAUGCACGGGCUGCCGGGCUCACGGGACCCGUCUGCGCUCAGGGAAAUGCUGGAGCUGCUGCCGCGACCUGACCCCCAGUGCCUGGAGCCGAUCCUUUCCAGUGACCUGGCUUCCCCUGAGCUGGACCCCCAGCAGGAGGCGCGGCUGCAGGAAGCCCUGCAAGACUGGAGCGAGGGCUCCCCCCUGGAGCCGCUGAGGUUUGAGAAGGACAAUGACAGCAACUUCCACGUGGACUUUGUGACGGCGGCAGCAAGCCUGCGGGCUCAGAACUAUGGGAUCCCGGCGGCCACCCGCGCCCAGAGCAAGCGGAUCGUGGGCCAGAUCAUCCCAGCCAUUGCCACCACCACAGCGGCUGUGGCGGGCCUGCUGGGCCUGGAGCUCUUUAAGGUGGUGGGCGGCCCCCGGCCCCGCAGUGCCUUCCGCCACAGCUACCUGCGCCUGGCCGAGAACUCCUACAGCCGCUAUGUGCCCCGCGCCCCCGCUGUCCAGACGUUCCACCACCUGACCUGGACCUGCUGGGACCGCCUGAAGGUGCCCGCUGGGCAGCCCGAGAGGACCCUCCAGUCACUCCUGGCCCAUCUCCAGGAGCAACAUGGGCUGCGGGUGAACAUGCUGCUGCUGGGCAAGGCCCUGCUCUACUCGGCGGGAUGGUCGCCUGAAAAGCAGGCCCAGCGCCUGGGCCUCAGGGUGACAGAGCUGGCACAGCAGGUGACAGGCCGGCGGGUGCCCGAGCCUGGGCAGUGGGUGCUGGCCCUGGAGCUCGGCUGUGAGGGCGAGGAGGACAGCACCGCUUUCCCGCCCCUACACUACGAGCUGGGACCCGGCAGUGGCCGCUCCACCCCAUCGGGCCCUGCGCGGGGCCCAUAGUAGGUGCUCAAUAAACGCUGCUGAAGGAAGUUGCAAA